GGGAGGUAGUGAGGGAGGAGGAGAAAGCCUCCAGCGGUGCUUGUGCUAUUGUUUUUUCUUCUCUUCUGAGAUCUCAGGCGGUGCGGCGACAACGUGGUCCACCUCUGGGCUCGGCUCCACCCAUCCUGCUCUUAACGUGCUGCCCCUCUCUCACGACGCAUCAUCCUGUCCUACUUCUCUCCUCCUCUGUCGCCGGCCACUCUUUGUCUUGUCAUUGUGCUUUUUCUGUCUGUGUGCUCUCUCUAGCUCUCUCUAUCGCUCUCCAAUACUCACGCUGUUUGUGCUCUCCUCUCCCCUUCAGCUAUCUCCUCUUUCUCCUCAUUCUACUUCUUCUUCUUCUCCGUGUCAGUGUGUGUCAACCCAGUGUGUGCCUGACCUUCUUUCUCUUUUGUCCAGCACCUAGCGUAUACAUUCUCUCAUUUCUCUUCAACCUUCUUUAUAUCUCCCUCAUGAGGACUCUGCACCGGCUGAAGUUGAUGAGCUCCCCCAGCCUGAGCGAACUGGGCAAGAGUGAGAAAAGUUCACCGGAGGACAGAGGGGAGAAGCAGAAGAGGGCAGGCGCCAACGCCACCUGGAACAGCAUCCACAACGCCGUCAUCGCCGUCUUCCAGAAGAAAGGUUUGGCAGAUAAUGAACUCUAUGUCCUCAACGAAGGCGUCCGGCAUCUGUUGAAGACUGAGCUGGGGUCCUUCUUUACUGAAUACCUUCAGAACCAGCUGCUGACUAAAGGCAUGGUCAUCCUUCGGGACAAAAUAAGGUUCUACGAAGGUCAGAAGUUACUCGACUCUCUGGCAGAGACGUGGGACUUCUUCUUCUGUGACGUCCUCUCCAUGCUGCAGGCCAUUUUUCAUCCGGUGCAGGGUAAGGAGCCCUCAGUCCGACAGCUGGCUCUGCUUCACUUCAGGAACACCAUCGUCUUAAGUGUAAAGUUAGAGGACGCCCUGUCUCGACCCCGGGCCCGAGUUCCCCCCUCUGUUACACAGAUGCUGCUUAUUCUACAGGGGGUCCAUGAGUCUCGUGGUGUGAAUGAGGAAUACCUGAGGCUGGAGUCUCUGGUCCAGAAGGUGGUCUCACCGUACCUGGGCACCCACGGUCUUUACUCAGGAGACGGAGAAGAGGCCAACUGCUGUGUUCUUGAGAAGCGUUUACCCUGGGGCUGGCCCAAGACUGCAGAUCAACCAUCUAAAAACCCUGUGGUACGAUCCAAGAGCUACAACAUCCCUCUGCUGCUGACCCCGGUGGCUGAGUAUGACCCAGAUGCCAGCUCUGUUGGCAGUGGAGGAAUUCGACGCCACUCGGCCUGUGAGAUUAUAUCAUGCUUGGAGGAACAAGGACUGACCUACACUGACCUGGCCCCAGGAUCUGAACUGUCUGGCCCCUCCUCCAACAGGCUGUGUGUGGGCUCUCAGUUCAAUGGUAUUGUACAAGCAGGAGCCAGUGGCAUGGACUUGCCUCUCUCGUCUCCCUCCAUUCAUCCCUUCCACUCCUCAGGAGCUCUCCAUGGCACUGAGGCCACAACAACAAUGACUGAUCUCAGUAGGGGUGCAUCCUGCUCGCCGCCCAGUGAAUCAUCCAGCCCCGAAACCAUAAUUGGACAAGUGCUCGAGUCUGCAGACUCAGACUCAGAUGGGAUAUUUAUCGAUUUCCCUUCUCACUCAUCAGAAGCUAUGGGGUACACUCGCGAAGGCAGGCAGAGCACUGUGUAGCUGUGGUCGCCUUUAGGAACGCACGCGGUACACACAUCAAUAACCUGGGACAAAGAUAAAAGAAAACUACACUUCAUUAAAUGGGUACCAUCUUCCUUAUUUACUGUUGUAUGGUGGGUUUCCAUGACAACUUAAUUCAAAGUGGUGUGUGACAACCUUGUAAUUCUACAAUGAAAUUGUUUUAAAAACUAUGAAAAACACGACACAAUACUACAUGAAAACUGCAGUGUCCGGCCCUAUUAGUAACUCAUUUAGCCUUUUUAUUUAUUGGACAUAUUUUGGGUAUUUCGCCUUUAUUGACAGGACAAUUCAGGUGUGAAAUGGGGAGAGAGAGCAGGGAAGUCCAUCAGCAAAGAGCCAAGUCAGAACCAAACCUGCGGUCACUGCAGGACGACUCAAGCUGCCUAGUGGCAAAAAAA